AUGAAUAUGGACAAUAAGUCAACUGUGUCUGAAUUUGUUUUGCUGGGACUCUGUAAAUCCUGGGGACUGCAGAUGUUUUUCCUUAUGCUGUUUUCAUUGUUUUAUGUGGCAGCAAUGGUGGGUAAUAGCCUCAUAGUUAUCACAGUGAUAGCUGAUUUGCACCUGCAGUGUCCUAUGUACUUUCUGCUUUCCAACCUCUCCAUCAUUGAUAUGUCUCUGGCUUCCUUUACUACUCCCAAAAUGAUUGCAGACCACCUAAUUAGUCACAAAACCAUCUCUUUCCAUGGCUGCAUCACACAGAUAUUCUUUCUACAUCUUUUCACUGGUACUGAGAUUAUUUUGCUGAUGGCUAUGUCCUUUGACAGAUAUAUUGCAAUUUGUAAGCCCCUUCGCUACACUUCAAUCAUCAGUCCUCAGGUGUGUAUUGUCCUUGUGGCAGCUUCCUGGAUUGUGGGAAUAAUGCAUUCAAUGAGCCAGGUUGCAUUUGCUCUCACAUUGCCUUUCUGUGGUCCAAAUAAGAUAGAUAGUUUUUUCUGUGACCUUCCUGUCGUUUUCCAGCUGGCUUGUGUGGAUACCUAUGUUCUGGGACUCUUUAUGAUCUCGACAAGUGGCAUAAUUGCUUUAUCCUGCUUUAUCCUUCUUUUUAACUCAUAUGUUAUUGUCCUGGUCACUAUCAAGCAUCACUCAUCUGGGGGAUCAUCUAAGGCCUUUUCUACAUGUACAGCUCAUUUCAUUGUUGUUUUCAUGUUCUUUGGGCCAUGCAUCUUCAUCUAUAUGUGGCCACAAAACAGCUUUGUGAUAGAAAAGAUUCUGUCUGUGUUUUAUACUAUCUUUACUCCUAUUCUGAAUCCAGUAAUUUACACUUUGAGGAAUCAAGAAGUAAAGACAGCCAUGAGGAAACUGAAGAGUAAGUUUCUAAAUUCCAACAAGGCAAGUCCUCUUCACUAUUUUUAA